UUUUUUUUUUUUUUUUCUCUUUUCUUUGUCAGAGGUAUUUUGAACAUUUUAGGUAUUCGAGGUACGAAAGACAAGAAACAUUUAGAGGGGGGUCACAAAACAACUCACAAGUCAAAAAACACACACACAAGUCGAUCACAAGUUAGUACUCCUAUAUUUUUGUUUAUACUGGCACAUUGUAUAUUUUAUCUAGUAUCUAAUCUGCUAGUUGUGUUUGUUUACACACCAAGAAUAUUGGUCCGGAUUUGCUGGAAAAUCUUAGUUGUUUAAGCAAACUACUGUCAUUGAGAUUUGAGGGAAAAAAAACUAAAAAGUGAUAAAUCCUAAUAUUACUUACAAUAUUGACUGGUGAACGAACAAAUUAUAAUUUUUCAUGUUUCAAACAAAUUAUUUUUAAAUCGGACCCCUCAGGUCAGGUGAAAAUGUGUCUUAAUAAAAUACCUUUGAGCAAAAAAAAAAAAAGAUCUGGGCCUAGAUUGGGCUGUUCCAUAUACUAUCAACAAUGAUAAAAAAGGAUUGGUCAACAAAACGCGGCCCAGUCUUGUCGGAUUCAGUUAAUUAUAACCGGAAACGAAGAAAAGAGCGGUUAACAUUGCUUUUUUGAUUCAAAAGCCCUAAUUUGACAAUCCUCUGAUAAACCCUAGGCGAAUCCCAUGAGUCGAUUUCUUCAGAGAUUACCCAGUUUAUUGGCUCGAACUCGAACUUUCCUUCACUCACCCGUGAAUCUUCGUCAUUCUCGUGUUGUUUUUGUUCCUCUCUUGGACCGAGCUAUUUCCCGUCCCGUCUUCUUCUCUUCCGACUCCGACUCCGCGCCUAGUUUCAAUACCGACAAGGUUCUUUCUAAAGAAGAGCUGAAAAAUAGGAUUCAAAAGAUUUUGGAUGAUGGAGAUGAGGAUUCAAUUCCCGAUUUAUUUGAGUUAAUGAUGAUUAGGAAGUUAUCAGGUAAUCACGAUGAUAGUGACGAUGAGGUCAUGGAGGAGGUUGUGCGUAAGCAUCCUGUUAACAACGCCCAUGACACUCACUCUGAAUCGGAUAUUGAGACUGAUGGCGAUGGUGAUUCCUCUGAUUCUGAUAUCGGAAGUGAUGAUGACCUGAGAGAUGGUGGUGAUUCGUCUGAUUCAGAUAUAGAGUUUGAUGGCCUGAGAGAUGUUGACUUGUCUAAUGUCAAUAUCAAGAUUGAUGGUCUGAAAGAUGUUGGCUUGUCUGAUGUCAAUAUCAAGAUUGAUGAUGGCCGGAAAGCUAAUCACUCCUCGUCUUAUUCUGACUCUCUCAAAGUGACUUAACGUUGAUUACUUGCACUACAUCGAAGAUUUUGAAGGAAGCAACUACACAGUGAAUGGAAACAGUACAGCUUUUGGUGCAAGUUGGCUGUAAGUUAUGACUUUCGAA